AUGUUAGAUCAAUUUCGAGCAAGUGGAGUUAGCAAUAUGUUCCCUGAGCAGCCCCAGUUUUCAGGGUUCAUGAAGCCAUGUAGAUUCGAAGGGGAGAUCCAGGAUCUCGAGGUAUGGGGCGAAAUACCUUCCGAGAUAGAUGGAACAUUCUAUCGGGUCAUGCCAGACCCGCAAUUCCCGCCCUUCGUCGAGAAUGAUCCGUGGUUCAAUGGAGAUGGCAACAUCAGCGCUUUUCGGAUUAAAGAUGGACGUUGCCAUUUCAAGCAAAGAUACGUAGUGACGGAAAAGUUUGCCAGAGAACGGGAGGCUCGACGUUCCCUAAUUGGGAGGUAUCGCAACAAGUACACUGAUGCGGUUGAAUUCAAAGUACGAAGUACUGCAAAUACUAACGUUAUCUUCUUCAAUGGCCGUCUCUUGGCAUGCAAAGAAGAUUCUCCUCCAUAUUCACUAGACCCAGUGACGCUCGAAACUAUUGGUUUGGAAUCAUUCGACGGGCAGUUGCCUUGCGUAACCUUCACUGCACAUCCAAAACUCGAUGACGAGACUGACGAGCUAAUAUGCUUUGGUUACGAAGCGAAGGGCGACGGCACUCCAGACGUCUGCUAUUUCACGAUAGAUGCCCGGGGCGAUUUUACCCAAACUGUAUGGCUUGUUGCUCCAGUAGUUGCUAUGAUUCACGACUUUGCGUUUACGAAGAACUGGGUAUUAUUUCCAAUCAUUCCGCAGACCUGUGAGCUUGAACGCAUGAAGCAAGGGGGCGAACAUUGGCAAUGGGAUCCAAAUAUCCCAUUCUAUCUGGGCGUCUUACCUCGCUAUGGCGCGUUGGGAUCUGAUGUGAAAUGGUUUCGCGCUCCAAACGCCUUCCCCGGACAUACUGUCAACGCAUAUGAGGACGAUUCGGGAAAUAUCGUUUUUGACCUUCCUCUGACCAACAAAAAUGUCUUUUUCUGGUGGCCCGAUGCUAGUGGAAACGCGCCUCGGCCCGAGCAGAUUGCCACAGAACUCGUUCGCUUCACGUUUGAUCCAAAGUCCACGGACCUUGAUCUGCCGAGACCUUUGGUCAUUGUUCACGAGGAUUGUGAGUUUCCACGUAUCGAUGAUCGCUUUCUUGGUAAGAUGCAUGGCCAUGCUUUCAUGGAUAUUAUGGAUCCAAGCCUGGGAACCGAUUUCGCAGCGAUCGCGCCGGUAAUGGGAGGGGGCUACCCACCGUAUAAUUCUAUUGGGUAUCUUGACUACAAUACAAUGCGCAUGGAAAAAUACUUCCCUGGCAAGACUCACCUCGUUCAAGAACCUGUUUUCAUUGCGCGGCAUGGCGCAGGUGAGGGCGAUGGCUGGAUUGUGGCACUAGUGAACAAUUACUCUACUAUGUCGAGCGAGUUACAUAUUGUAAGUACCAAACAGUUUGGAAAGGCACAAGCUAUUAUCUAUCUACCUCUUCGUUUGAGGGCUGGAUUGCACGGUAAUUGGGUUAAUGGUCAAGAGAUCCGAUUUUCAUGA